UCAUCUUUCUCUUCUCUAAACUUCAAUCUAUUUCUGAAACCCUUUUUUUGAUGUCCUUUUCUCUUCAUAGCAUCACCGGUGUUGUUGCCUGGUUUAUUGUUUGCUGAAAUCUUGGGAGAAAGAUGCAGAUGUAAAACACAUGGAAAAAUCAAUGAGAGUAAAGUUCCACAAGUAUUGGGGUACUCCUAUAGAGAUGAACAAAAGCAUUUUCCAUGCUAUAGUCCUUGAUCCAAGGAACAAAUUAGGGUUUCUUGAAUUUUUAUUGAUGAAAGUGUAUGGUAAAGAUAAAGGAAUGCAAUAUGGUAAAAUGGUUUAUUUUGAAUUGAAGAUGUUGUUUGUUGAGUACAAGAGAAUGGUUUUUGGUGGUGGAAAAGGUCAAACUAUAGUUCAAGAGGGUAGUUAUAGUGUUAGUGAUGCACUUAAUGAAAGUGAGCCCAAGUAUAAAAGCAAGCAACACCUUAAGUUUGCUUACAAGAGGUUCAAAAUUGAGAAUGGGCACAUGUCAGAAAAAACUGAGUUGGAUAAGUAUUUGGAAGAGGAUGUUGAGGGUGAUAAUGAUGAUUUUGACUUACUUGGAUGGUGGAAGUUAAAUGCUUCAAGGUUCUCUAUCUUGUUAGUAGUGACUAGAAAUGUUUUGGCUUUUUCGGUUUCAACUAUUGCUUUUGAGUCAACUUUUAGCACAAGAGGAAGAGUUCUUGAUGGCUUAGAUGAUCUCUGACCCCAAGAAUGGCACAAACCCUUAUUUGUGCACAAGACUAGUUGUGGAGUAAGUUAAGAAUAGUUUUUGAAGAAGAAGACUUGGAUCUUCUAGACAACCUCGAGAAAGAUUUGAUUUUCUAAUACUACUUUCUUCUAUUUCAACACGAAUUGACUCUAUGUUCUAUUUCUCUCUGCAGAAUAUGACAAACUCCAUAUGGAUUUUGUUGACUCAAUGUACUCCAAGAUGGGGGUGAAUUGGACUACCA